AUGAACCCUGGUGUGGCCUACCCCUCCUGUGAUUUAUACCCUGGGACAUCUUUUAAAGACUCCCACUCUGCACUGAUCCACCACUGUCACUGGUCAUCUCUUUCAAUUAAAUUAAAUUUUCAGCAACAGGUGGUGUCUUCUCACUACCUCCAGGAGUGUAGAACUCCUGACAGUAGCCCGUCCGCCAGGACCGGCUGCCAACCCUGGGCUGUGCCAGGAUGUCUCCAGCGGGAACCUCAGACAUGUCCUGCCAGCAGCAGCAGCAGCGCAUGUGGUCAUUGCUCUGUGGAAUACACAAAGGAGACUGGACCAGCUGAGGCGAUCAGUACUACACAGUUGCCAGUUGGAGAAUGUCUGUUUCACCAUCAAGUAGACGGAAGCAAAGAUAGCAGGACAUUUCCACAUCCCAGAGGUGUUAGUGCAGGUCCUGGUCUCCGUGGAAACCCUAGGUGCCAUACAGAGAACUCCUCAGUUACAGGUUGUCCCAAGUCUUCCGUGGUGACCAGGAAGAGCCUUCCUCAGGACUCACUCACCUCCCAAGUGCCAUUAAAACUACAGAUCAAAGUGUCUGGACAGAGGGGUGGCUUGGGAAUCAGUAUUGCUGGUGGAAAAGGCUCGCUCCCUUUUAAAGACCACGAUGAAGGUAUUUUUAUUUCCCGAGUGGCUAAAGGGGGACCAUCAGAAAAGGCUGGAAUACAUGUUGGAGAUAGAUUGUUUGAGGUCAACGGGAUCGCUAUGCAGGGGGCGACCCACCACGAGGCAGUCAGCGCCCUCAGGAAUGCUGGGAGCUGCAUCAAAAUGAAAGUGCUCAGAGACCGGCUGGUAACUCGGGAGGUGUCUGAUAUGGACGUGCCGCAGAAUCGUCUGGACUUGAGGGGCUGUGGACAGGACAGCAGAGGUCUGAGAAGCAAACAGUUCCCGCUGGAGAGUGCAGACGAUCGAUCGUCCAAGAAAAUUGAAGUGGUUGUCUGCAAUGGCAAUGACAGUUCUGAUGCAGAGAAACAGACUGCACCUGAGCUCGACGUGGAGGUGUUUAAAAAGUCCUCACUUCAAAGCGGGAAACAGACAAUGACAGUAAGCGGAAAACGCACUUUUCAUAGCAACCUACGAUCCUCAACCUCAUUUGUUUUCUCUCCGGAUACGCUCUCACAGAUCCCCCGGAUCAUCCUCACUCAUCCCUCCACCUCUGACGAAGAUGUGGAGCUCUUGACACACAUCUCCAGCAGAGAGAAGCUACGUGACCUUGGCAGUUUUGACAAGCGUGUGUACCCUAACCGUUUUAGCAGUACUUUCAACUUACCUUGACUACAACUCAGAGCGUCAUAGAUGCAGGACAAAUACAAUGUGUGCACUCCUGCUUAUUAUUUAAAAAAAGAAAAGUGGAGUAUGAUACUGCAGCUUCUGUAAACCUUUUGUCUCUUAUUUUCUCACAUUUAAUUGCUGCUAUUAGUUUUUAAUGUCAAGGUCAUUUACAAGCAGAAUGAACUUAAAUAUGUUUAUUCAAGUAGAAAAAUACGGGUUUCCUCUGAAAAUACAUCGAACAGAGACUGAAAAGCACACUUUUGUCCAAAUGAAACAUUUAAUUACAUCAAAUACAGUCAAUUAAACAAUGACUGAGGAUACCUACCUCUUUUUCACAUCAGUAAGAUAUUGCUGGCUCAGUAGUUUUUGUACCUGUUUUCAGCGUUCUGAGAUUUGAAAAAAAAAAAAAAAAAAAAAGAACCAAACAAAGCACAUGGCUGAACAG